UCCUAAGUAAAUCGAACUAAUUCGAUAUUCUUUAUGAUUUAACGAAAUUUGAUGCCCGAAAAUGACGACAUAAAAUCAUGGAAAAGUGUGCUUAAGCUAAAUCAGCUUGACUGAAGAAGUCUUAAGUUCCGUUUAGGAAAAUUUAAAAAUCUUAAAUUUCUUUUAGAAAAUCUUAAGUAUUUUUUUUUAAGAAUCUUAAGAAAUCUUACGAAAACUUAAUAGUUAGGUAUAUUCGCGGUAAAAGACUGCAGGCAGUACUAGAAACUUAAACUGGGCUCUAAUUUUUUUUUUAAUCUAGGUCUAUUUCUAUUUCUAAUCUUGGUAAUUUCUUAAGCUGUAGUUUUAAGUUUUUAAAGCAAGGCCUAAUUUUUUUAAAACCAUAUUUAAGUUUGUUUAAGGUGAGAUUAAGAUUUUUAAGUUGAGCCUAAUUUUUUUAUUCUAGGUCUUAGUUUCUUUAAACCACACUAAAAUUUUUUAAGUUUGGCUUAAGUCAAUGUUUCUAGAAUAGGUUGCCCAAUUUAGGGGAGCGAAGAGAACAAAUUACCCAUAUUCCUUGAAAAUUUCAUUAAUUUUCCCAUCGACUACAACACCCUUAAGAGGUGUCUCAUUUCCAAAACCAACAGACUGAUGAAUAAACAAAUCAAACGGAUUGUGAAGCAUUAUAAGAACCGCCUAUGCUUUAAGAAAAUCAAGAGAUAACUCUUGUGCAUAGCGCAGAAAUGAAGCCUUUUAUUGCUUGUUGUUCAAGUCUCUUCUUCCUACUCUGGACAGCUUCUAGCUGUUGUUCUCAAGAAAAUCUCUCAAGUAUUGUAAUUCCCUCAAAACUGUCCAACUUUGAGAAGUUUUCUGAGGAUAUUCCGGAAAUUAUGAGUGUCGUUAAAUCCAUUGUUAUUGGAAUAGAUGGAGAUUACUAUGACUCCGCUGAUUUACUCGAUGAACUGGUUCAUGUGCAAAGGAAGCAGGAUGUAUUGGUGUACUAUUUCAGUUGGAUCCUCGAUGAGGAGGAGUUGUGCUUCAAACAGUGGCGAGAUGAAGUUGUGAAGGAAAUUUCCGUUACGAAACAUCGUCGUCGGAAGCGCUGGCUCAGAGACAUUCACGGCAACAGGGAAGAAUUCCUUUCAACAUUCAUGACAAGUUGGUUCCGUAAUUCCAAUACAGGAUACAUUUUUGCUGUUUCUCUGGAGAUGCUUGCAAAUGUUGUGGAUUGUUUUGUGGAACCAACUGGAAUUUAUCUGGUUUUAAUUGAUGCUCCAGCAAAUGAGGAAAUUUUGGAAGUAGUACGUGAAAAUCUUCUUGUUGCAUGGAAAAUUGAGAGAUCCUAUCAAGUUUUUGUGAUGCUACAAAAUGAAACAUUUGCAUUGCAUCCAUUUUUGCGAGAUCCACAGCAUAAUAAUUCCUAUGGGACAUUAAUGAACUUCCGGAAGAGACCAGGAGAUGUUCUUCGUAAUCUUCAUGGGUACCCAUUGAGGGUUGAUAUGUUUCAUUCGGCAUUUAAUUAUCUGAGAAGAAACAAGAAGACCGGAGAGAUAUCAUUUGUUGGAGCUGAUGCUGAAGUUAUGAGGGCUCUUAAGGAUUUCUUUAACUUUUCUGAAAAUUUACAACAGCCUGAUGAUGAUGCCUUUGGCUACAAACUCCCCAAUGGAUCCUUUACAGGAACACUUGGACGGCUCAGUGCACACCGUUGUGAUAUAGCCUUAACAGGCUUCUUCGUUAAGGACUACCUAAAUCCAGAUAUGGAAUUCACAGUACCCGUCUACCUCGAUGAACUGUGCUGUGUUGUUCAGAAAUCCAAACAAAUCCCCAAGUACUGGCUCCCACUACUCUGCUUCAAGAAGCACGUCUGGUUCUGCCUCCUACUGAGCAUCUUCCUUUCAACCGUAUGCCGAGAAUUUAUUCGUUGUUGUGAAUUUCGUAUGAUACCAGAUCCUGUUGCCUUCUAUCAUCGCCUCAAUCUUCCUCAAAGUGUUCUCAAGAAUCCCAAAUUCAUCACAAGGAUGUGGCAUCUCUUUGUAGACUCAACAAUCAUCCUCGUUAGUUCACCCCUUCGACGUUGUACACGUGUUACAAGUGAGAGAAUCUUCCUUUCGUCAAUUCUUAUACUCAGUCUCGUUGUCGUUGCAAUCUUCCAAUCAAACCUGAGUACAGUCUUUACGCAUCCUAUCUACUAUCAGGACAUUACAACACUACAGGCUCUGGAUCAGGCAAAGUUAAAGAUCACAGUUAAGUACAAAGCAAUGCUCGAUGAUCUGUUUCCACCUGAAGCUUCUGAAAUCAGUGAACAUCUCCGUCAUCGCAUUAAGAUCAUCAAUCUCACAUCAAUCCCCCUGAUUGAGACAGUAAUGAAGGAUCCGAGCUUAGCAACGGUCACGAGAAAAUCAACAGUCCUACUUGAGAAUGCGAAAUACUUCCAAACAGGCGAAGUUUUCCUCGUACCUGAAUGUCCCAAAAUGUACAAUCUAGCCUAUGUUAUGCCGAAAAAUUCAGUUUUCCAGAGGAAAUUCAACCGCGUUCUCCUUUUCCUAACAAGAGGGGGAUUUCUGGAAAAAUGGAUUGGAGACAUGAAUCACAAUACAACGUGGUUAAAUCGGAAGAAGCUCGGCUAUACGGAAGAAGAGAAAUUUCGUAUUUUUAACCUUGAAGACAUGCAACUACCCUUCUAUGUUCUCCUAAUUGGAUGCACCUUUAGCUUUGCAGUUCUUCUAUGUGAAGUGUACUUUAACAGGAAGCACAGACGAUCUGAGCUUCUGAGGAGUUUCAAUUAAUAAAACUGACUUAAGUCAAGAGAAUUUAGAGCUUAUCUUAACCUGAAAAAUAGCCCACCCUUCAACUAAGACAUCUAACAGCAGAAUUUGUAUAAUUCUAUGUUUAUUACUUGUACUGACUCUUAAAAUCCAACGAGCUGUCUUCAAUUUGUAGGACAACCAUGAGUCCUUCCAGUAAUAGCAAGCAAACUUCUUUAGUUGAAAUUAAUCUGAUAUAUUGAAUGAAAUUCAAUAGUCAGGCAACAAGAUUUCUUAAGUUUUCUAAAGAUUUUUCAUGAUUUUUUUAUUAAUUUUCUCAAGAUUUCUUAUGAAUAUCUUAAAUGUUCCUAAGAAAACCUAACGAUUUUUAAAGUUUUUUUAACACUUGGAGGACCCAACAUAUGGCACAACGCGGAGGAUCAAAUUGGUAAUAAGUACCAGCUGAUAAAAUAUGCUCAAUAAUUAAUUAUUAAUCAGUUUAUUGAACGAGGAUCGAAAGUUUCACUAAUUCUUGAUCUCCUUCAAGCAUUCCUGCAUCUAAUUACUAAAUAUUUAAUUUAGAAAAUCGUCACUGAAAAAAAUUGCGUCGAAUCGAUGCAAAAUUGCCAAUUCAAACGACUUUUUUAGCUGCAGUUUUGCAUAAUUUAUUAUUGCGCCUAAAUCAUCACUAACUUUGAUUCUUAAAGUAACUUUUUAGUCACUUCCGGCAAUAAAAUUAGUCCACAUUAAUGAUUUUCACUCGGGGAAAAGUGAACAAGAGUACUUUAUUUGGGAAAUAUGGGGAAACAUAACCUCAAAACCAUGGCAAAAAUGUAUGGGAUUUUGACUGGUAGUUAUUACCAAUUUGAUCCUCCGCGUUGGAUUCUGACUUUGACCUCAAUUAUCUUCCAAAGAAAAGACUUUUCUCGAGAUUUUCUUUCUGCUAUCUUAAAGUAAUUAAAAUUCCCUACACAUAGAUGCUAAAUUCAUCGAGAUAAGUCCAAUAGAUUUUAUUCUGUGACGAUUUUAAAGUUCCAAUUGGUAGCAAGUACCAGUAAAGUCCUCCGAGUGUUAAGCGAAACUUUAGAUUUAUUAACUCAGGCUAAAUCGGGCUAAUAAUUUUCGCAAAUUUUUCCCAAGGGGUGUUUAUCUGGCGAAUGUUUGGAAUAUUUUAGCAAAUCAUCCGAAUAUUGACGAAUAAUCAGACUGUUGACAAAUAAUCUGAAUCUUGGACAAAGACUUCGAAUCUUCUUGAAUAAAAAUCAGAAUUUUGACGAAUAGUCUGAAACUUCUUGACGAACAAUUUGAAUCUUCUUAACAAAUAAUCCGAAUCUUGGAGAAUAGUACAAAUCUUCUUUUUAAAAAUAGUCCGAAUAUUGAAGAAUAAUCCGAAUCUUGACGAAUAAUUCUAAUUCUAAUUCUAAUCUCGACGAUUAAUUCAAAGAUUUUCCUUUAGAUAAACACCCCUUGAUUUUUACUGAUCACCUUCGGGCAUAAAAAUUCGUAAAAAUCUUCGAAAAAUAUACAUUGAGCCAAACCCAGACUGACUUACAAAAUUUCAAUUUUCUCAUGAAAAAUUUAAGAAAUCCUAACUUUUUCUUUAGAAAAACUUGAGAAAUCUUAAUUUUUCGUUAGAAAACUUAAAAAAAAUUACAAAGAAAAUUUAAAAAAUUGAAGUUUUUCUUUACAAAACUUAAAAAAAUUAUGAAGAAAAAUUAAAAACUCGAAGUUUUUCUUAUGAAAAAACUUGAGACAUUUUAACUUUUCUUAAGGAAACUAAUGAAGUCUUAAAGGAAUUGAUGCAACGACAUAUGAAGGAUGAUCCUCUAUCGCAGAACAAUUUUAACCCAUCUCAUCUUGU